CACGACGAGAUACACAAGAUCAAGAGUGAUCUCCUAAAUUUACUCUUGGUGCUGUAUCAUAGAAGAAAAGCUGGUUUCAAUCCGUUGGUGACUUUGGUCAGCUUAGGAGGUCUUCUGUCUUCACUUCAGCACUAUGUGCGACCACGAGCGCAAAUCGGAGCACUUCGGUCGGACAGCCUUUGACUCGUCUUCAGUCUUGAUUGCAUUGCUCGCCGUGUCAUUCAUUUCCAGUUCGACGGCAACAGCUUUCGGAGAAUACAGUGAUGAAAUUCGUCGAAUGCAAGCCGCCGAUCCGCCUUUUCGGCCGCCCGCUGUACCUCUGGUCGUGACCGACCCUUACAUGUCGAUGUGGUCGAGAACUGACGACGCAUACGAAGCGUUUCCCUCCCACUGGGCCGGUGCACCGAUGCCGAUUGUGAUGAUCGCCCGGGUGGACGGCAAGCCGUACAUGCUCGUAGGCACCGACACAUUCACUGGCAUGUGUGAUGGUGCUGGUCAUGGUGGCGAUGGUACCAGGCAUGCUGGUGGAAAUGGUGCCAGCAGCAGCAGCAGCAGCAGCAAUGGUGAGGAACGACAGAGGUCUUCAACAUCCAUACCCAACGCUGAUCAGACCUCAGUUCUGGUGUUACCAACCACCACACUGUAUGUGUUUGAGGCAGGUGGCGUGCAGGUCAAUGUCACCUUCAGCACACCAACGCUGCCUCCCAGUGCAGACAACACGUACGGCGACAUCUCCCGCGGUACUACCUACAUCACCGCCUCUGCACAGAGCAGCGACGGUAAGAUACACUCGGUGGAGAUCUACUAUGAAAACACGGCGGAGAUCACGGUGGACGAUGUCAACUCAGUGGUAGAAUGGUCGCGCAUGACGGGUGAUGAUAAGAAUAUCAUGCGAGUCGGUGCACACCAGCAGAAUGUGCUUGGCGCAAAGGGCGACCGCAGAAGAAUAUCCUGGGGCUACUUCUACGCUACACCGGACGAUGGCGGUGACUCAUCGGCAAUGCAGACAACGAUGACCGCAUGGUACAAGGCUGCAUGCGCCUUCACACACGGCAAGGCAUUGCCGGAUGAUGACACGAGUGGCCCACGGAAAUGCAAUGACGACUGGCCAGUUCUUGCAGUGAAGUGGGAUCUUGGUCAGGUCACAGCAGACACGGCCGUCAGUCGUCACGUCCUGGUCUUCUUGGACGACAUCUUCAGCAUCGACUACUUUGGCUUGAAGCUGCCGCCUUACUGGCGCUAUACCUUCAACAGCAGUCCUACGUCAAUGAUACACCAGGCCAUGAUGGACUAUGAGAGUGUACUGGGCAAGUGUAAGGCGUUCGAUGAGGACGUCGUACGAGAGAGCCUGCGAGUCGGCGGAACGGAAUACGCAUUCCUAACCUCCCUAACAUACCGUCAGGUGCUGGGUGCAAUGAAGAUAGUCUACCACCCUGUGCUGAAAGAGCCGUGGGCAUUCAUGAUGGAAAUGUCGACGGACGGCGACGUUAGCACGAUUGACGUUAUCUUUCCGGCUUCCUCGCAGCUGCUCUACUUCAGCCCGGAGCUGCUAACCCGGACCUUGCUACCCCUACUUGCCUACUCGAACAACGAGACCAAUGUCAAGUACAACCUGAACUGGGCACCGCAUCACCUCGGUACGUGGCCAAUCUGUGACCUGACACCGGAGCGACAGGAGCAGAUGCCCAUGGAGGAGUCAGCCAACAUGCUGCUCAUGCUGAACGCCAUUGCCCAGCGAGACACGGCUAACUUCAAACUGCUCGACUACAUUAAGCCGUACUUUGGUGUACUGGAAACCUGGGCGAACUUCAUCUUCAGCGAGCUGCCCAUGCCUCCAAAGCAGUUGUGCACGGACGAUUUCGAAGGGCCCGAGGCGAACAACACCAACUUGGCUGUGAAGGGAAUACUGGGGCUGGAAGCCAUGGCCGGUUUGAUGUACUACGCUACUAGUAGCAAAGGUGCUGAGCACUACCGAGCAAUGAUACCAACGCUGCUGUCUUUCUGGAUGCAGCAUGCACUUGCAUCAGAUCAGAGCCACUACAAGCGAGAGUACAAUCUGGACGACAGCUCAUUCUCGCUCAAGUACAAUCUCCUCUACCAGCUGAUCAUGAAUGUAUCGGUGUUUGACCCGGUCGUCUUCCAAAGAGAGCUCAACUACUACGUGAACAAGCAGAGUGCUACGUACGGUAUCCCGCUCAACGACCGCUCAUCUUUCCAGCUCACAGAGUAUCAAGGAGGACUACUGGGCUUGGCGUACAACAUGGAGAGCAUCAAGACAGUCCUCAUACACCAGCUGUACAGCUUUGCCGACCAGACACCUUCCAGAGAUCCGUUCGGUGACAGGUAUGACACUGUCACGGGCAAGCAGUUGGGAACGUUGUCAUUCAUAGCACGGGCUACGAUUGGUGAAAUCUUCUCGCUGCUAUUGGUCAGUCCAGCUGGUGUGAAAUCAUGA